AUGUGGCAGACAAAGCCUUUGAUAGUACUUGGAACUAGCGUUGCGCUCGUUGCAGUUCUCAUCCAGUAUCUUCGAGUGUCCAGCAUAUCCAUAACUGUUGGAAAUCUCGUAUACAGAGGAACACUUUCACCGAGUGGACAAACGGCCAUUUUCUAUGGGAUUCCAUAUGCUCAACCGCCACUCGGCGAGCUGCGCUUUCGUGCUCCAGUCCCGUUGGAUUUGAGUACCGACGCAUCGCAAUCUGUAAAGGUUGUAGAUGGGAGAAAAGAGCCCAAAUUUUGCGUGCAGAGCACCAUGUUCCCAAGUGACACAGAACAUGGCGGAGCAGGCUCUGAAGACUGCCUGCAUUUGAAUAUAUACACUUCAACCGAACAUGCAAAGCUACUCUCUCCCAGUCCCGCACCCACCGGAGCGUCGCGACUUCUCCCUGUUAUGGUGUACAUUCACGGCGGUGGAUUCCUGGGUGGUAAUCCACUCAGCUGGCCGUUUGACCACUGGAUCGAGCAGUCUCCAGACCUGGUUAUCGUCUCCAUUUACUACCGCCUCAAUGUCUUUGGGUUCCUCACUCCCCCAUCCGAAGAGGACGCAAAGGGAGAGAUUGACUAUAAUGUUGGGAUUUUGGAUCAGGUAGAAGCACUCAGAUGGGUUCAAAAGAACAUUGCAAACUUUGGUGGCGAUCCAAGCAAGGUAACAAUCGUAGGACAUAGUGCCGGAGCUGCUUCGGUAUUCCUCCUCAUGGUGGCCAAUGACGGGAGGCAGCAACUGUUCCACCAAGCGAUUGCUCAAACCAUCUAUCGACCUGCAAUGAGGACAAUCGAUGAAUCGAAAGACCACUUCGAAUGGGUUGUAAAGCAGGCGGGAUGCUCGGUCGAAGAGACAUCUCUUAUUCAGAAGGUCCAUUGUCUCAGGACCAAGGAUGUCGCCACUCUUAUCAAGGCUUCUGAAUCAGCACAGUUGCAUGAUUGGUCAUGGCAGUUCCGCCCAGUCGUCGACAAUCAUCUCUUCAAAGACUAUCCUACAUCUCUAUUGAAUGCUGGCAAAGUCUCCGCUGUGCCUCUCCUAGUCGGCGCCACCUCAAACGAGACAUUUGUUCCGGAAGGCAAACUAGAACCCGACUUACGACGAUGGUAUCCCCAUCUUACGGAUGAAGAAAUGGGACAAAUCGCUCGGAUAUACGACAGCCCACAUUUUGCGACCGAACUUGAGAAGGCAAAAAUCGCGGUUGGAGAGACGUUGAACCGAUGCGGGAGGGAUCUCCUUGCGUUUACUCUUAGUAAAGCCCGUGUUCCUGUUUACGCGUAUCGAUUCGAUGAGCGGGAUCCAACCCAGCCGCCAGAGGACGGGGUGCAACAUUCUGCUGAGAACUAUUUCAUGUUUCGAGGCGUUUCAACAGGGUCGAACGGCACAUUCUCGUUUGCACCACCAGAGGCCGUCCCUGUCGGAUUCUCUCAAGAGCUCAUCUCCCGCUGGACCUCUUUUGCUCGCUCUGGAGAUCCGAAUAGUUAUAGGAUUGACAAAGCGCCCCAUUGGCCUCAAUGGGAGACCCGACGUCUGUGGGGCCUGUGGAAGACGGGACCAUGGAGAAUGGUUCUGAAGCAGCCUGAUGUAAACUCAACAGAACAGUUCGGAAGCAAGCCAGAGCGCGUAGCACGCCAAGAGUUGGAACGCUGUCUAGCGAUGGGAAAUCUGGCAAAGGUGCUUCGUAACUGA